AAGAAAUUAGACACGAACAUUCUAGCUUUCUGCAGAAAAUAAUCUGGGACACGUGUAACAUUCUUAGUGUAAGCUCACUGCCUAUUUAAAUCAAUUUCUUGAAACUCGGAAAAGCAAUUUCUGGUUCAUUCCCUCAAUCGCGAGACGUUUCGCCAGAGGAAGUGACGCAAAAACUAUGGAAAGAGAGAGAGAAGCCAGGAACAAUCUCUUUAAUAUGGGAGAGCCAUUUCCUAAGUUCCAGGGUUUUGGUGGCUUUGGGAGCCUAUUUGGAGGACGGGAUCCAUUCGAUGAUCCAUUCUUCACUUGCCCACAAAUGGAUCCAUUCUUCACUCACCCUUUGGGCAGCAUGUUUCAGUCUGGUGUUUUUGGCCCUAGAACUGCAUCUGGGGAUGUAGUGCAGACUGACGGAGGAAAGGGACUUGUAAUUGAAGAAUUAGACUCUGAUGAUGAGGGAGGAAUAGAUAAGGGUAUUGGUGCUCAGGCAGAGCAGUACAAUAAUCAAAAGCAAGCUGGGUCGAGCAAUGAACCUUCUGUCGAGCAUCCAGAUGAUGAUGCUGAUGCAACAGCCGUGUCAGAGAAUAGGAGCAAAAAUAUGAGUCACAGGAACUUCUAUAACAAGGUUGAAGGGACACAGCCACAGACACGCAGCUUCAGUGCGAGUAGUUCUAAAGUGACAUAUGGUGGUGUAGAUGGUGCAUAUUACACUUCGACAAGAACCCGACGGAUGGAUACCGAUGGAGCGGUGGUUGAAGAGUCAAAAGAAGCAGAUAGAACAACUGGUCAGGCAACGCAUAGGAUCUCCAGAGGAAUUGAUGACAAGGGACACUCGGUUACAAGAAAGCUUACCUCAGAUGGCAAUGUGGAUGUAAUGCAAACUUUACACAAUUUGAAUGAAGAUGAACUUGCUGGUUUUGAACAAGCAUGGAAAGGCAAGGGGCAAAUACAAAGCUGGAGUGAAGGAUUCGGCAAGAAUGGAGGGGCUGGUUCUGGAAGCAAACAGGAGGGGAAUCCAACAAAGGGAGGUUGGGCACUUCCAUCCAUAGGGCAUGCUGGAAACGCUGGAGGAAUCAGAUCAGCUAAUCCUUCUGCAGGAAGGACCAGAAAAGUUGUAAGGAUCAAUAUUGAAUAGAGAAGAAUAUAUGGUAACAAAUUUGCUUCUGCAUGUUGUGUAGAGUAGAGAUAAAGUAGAUCUUGGCAUUUAUGGACACAAGGGGUGGAAAUUCACUUGAGAUACAUUGUCUUGGCAUCUGAUUUACCCGAAUGGGAAGUUUUAUUUUAUAUAUGUUGGAAUGUAAGUCUCUAAAUGUCAUCGACUUGCCGAUGGACAUAUUGGACAGAGAAGGAACAUCUCCUAAAUGUUAUUCUCUUGUUUGCAUGCAGCAUGUUUGUUCUUUUACAGUGGUUUUUAACUGGCUUUUUAUUUUUUGAUUCGUUGAUAUAAACAGCUUUCAGUGUA